UUCACUACAGCAUGAGUGUGAAGCGAAGGUGGUUCUGAGGAGGACAGCUCCAAUCAUCUCUGCCGUGCCACAACCGAACCACAGCGAGCAAACGUCCCAAAACCCGCAUGUUUGGCUCUGUCAUGGCCUCCCCCCUCAUAAGUGAGCAUUAUGGAUUAGUGGAGGGGAGGCGACUGUAAAUCCCCACUGUUGUGCUGAUCUGGAUUUAAACGCUGGACAGAUAAAUUGUCAUUUGAGGAUAGUAGCAGGCGAGCCGGGACAAUGGAUACGAACAUGCGCAAAUUUACGGUCAGAAGAUGGUUUUCGGUGUACCUGCGCAGAAAGUCGCGAUCCAAAAGCUCGAGUUUAUGCAAACUAGAGGAUGACAGCAUCUUAAAGGAGUUUGAUAUCAGCCAUCAUGUGAAGGAGGGCUUUGAGAAAGCAGAUCCGUCACAAUUUGAGCUGCUCAAGGUGCUGGGUCAGGGCUCCUACGGAAAGGUGUUCUUGGUGAGAAAAAUCAAAGGUUCAGAUACAGGACAACUCUAUGCCAUGAAGGUCUUAAAAAAAGCAACACUAAAAGUGCGGGACAGAGUGAGAUCGAAAAUGGAGCGAGACAUUCUUGCAGAAGUGAAUCAUCCCUUCAUUGUCAAACUCCACUACGCCUUUCAGACAGAAGGAAAGCUUUAUCUUAUAUUGGACUUUCUCAGAGGGGGAGAUCUUUUCACACGUCUCUCAAAAGAGGUAAUGUUUACUGAGGAAGAUGUGAAGUUCUAUUUGGCUGAGUUGGCCUUGGCUUUGGAUCAUCUUCAUAGUCUGGGCAUCAUCUACCGUGAUCUUAAACCAGAGAACAUUCUCCUUGAUGAAGAAGGCCACAUAAAAAUCACAGAUUUUGGCCUGAGCAAAGAGGCAAUCGACCAUGACAAACGAGCGUACUCGUUCUGCGGGACUAUCGAGUACAUGGCCCCAGAGGUGGUCAAUAGACGAGGUCACACUCAAAGUGCUGACUGGUGGUCCUUUGGUGUCUUAAUGUUUGAAAUGCUGACUGGAUCCCUGCCAUUUCAAGGCAAAGACCGCAAAGAGACAAUGGCACUUAUUCUCAAGGCAAAACUCGGCAUGCCGCAGUUCCUCAGCCCAGAAGUCCAGAGUUUACUGCGGGCUCUUUUCAAAAGAAACCCUUCCAAUAGAUUAGGUGCAGGACCUGAUGGAGUGGAAGAAAUCAAGCGGCAUAUAUUUUUUGCAACAAUAGACUGGAAUAAAUUGUACAGACGAGAAAUCAAGCCUCCAUUCAAACCAGCAGUGGGCCGACCAGAGGACACAUUCCACUUUGAUCCUGAGUUUACAUCCCGCACACCGACAGACUCACCCGGAGUUCCACCCAGCGCUAAUGCACACCAGCUCUUCCGUGGCUUCAGCUUUGUGGCCUCUAACCUGGGUCAAGAACAGCCACUGGCUGAGAUCAAGCAAACGUCUGUAAACCCCAUUGUACAGCAACUUCAUGGCAACAACAUUCAUUUCACUGACGGCUAUGAGUUGAAGGAGGAUAUCGGCAUUGGAGCAUAUUCGGUCUGCAAACGUUGUGUCCACAGAAUCACCAGUGUGGAGUAUGCUGUCAAAAUUAUUGACAGAGCCAAGAAGGACCCGUCUGAAGAGAUCGAGAUUCUUCUGCGAUACGGCCAGCACCCAAACAUCAUUACUCUGAAAGAUGUCUAUGACGACGGCAAGUUUGUGUAUCUGGUGAUGGAGCUGAUGAGAGGAGGAGAGCUGUUGGACCGGAUCCUGCGGCAGAAAUGCUUCUCAGAGCGCGAGGCCUCAGCUGUGCUCUGCACCAUCACCAAGACUGUGGAGUAUCUGCAUUCACAGGGGGUUGUGCAUCGAGACUUGAAGCCCAGUAACAUCCUGUAUGUCGAUGAAAUAGGCGACCCAGAGUCCAUCAGAAUAUGUGAUUUUGGGUUUGCCAAACAGUUAAGGGCUGAAAAUGGUCUGCUCAUGACGCCGUGCUACACUGCAAACUUUGUGGCCCCUGAGGUCCUGAAGAAACAGGGAUAUGACGCCGCCUGCGAUAUCUGGAGCCUGGGAAUCUUACUGUACACCAUGCUGGCAGGUUUCACGCCCUUCGCUAACGGCCCUGACGACACACCAGAAGAGAUCUUGGCUCGCAUUGGCAGUGGGAAAUUUGCCCUGUCAGGAGGCAACUGGGACACGGUGUCUGACGCGGCCAAGGACAUUGUAACUAAAAUGCUGCAUGUGGACCCUCAUCAGCGGCUGACGGCACCUCUUGUUCUCAGACAUCCCUGGAUAGUGAACUGCGAUCAGUUAUCUCAGAGCCAGCUGAUCAGACAGGACGUGCAACUGGUGAAGGGGGCGAUGGCUGCCACAUACUCAGCUUUGAAUCGAUCACCUCAGGCCCCAAAACUGGAGCCAGUGCUUUCUUCCUGUCUGGCUCAGAGAAGAGGCAUGAAAAGACUCACAUCCACUCGUUUAUAGCACUCCAGCCAGACACUUGAGCUUCUACAGCUUUAAGAAAUGUCAGAGCGCGCCGGCUUCAGACAAGGCACCAGCAUCCGGAGCAAAGUGGAAAAAUUGGAUUGACCACAGAGUGUCAGAGCAAUCUCCAAAGAGCGACAAAUGAUCUGCCAAAUGUCUCUGCUGAUGUCAAGAGAUUGAUGAGGGCCAGAUGCAAACAUCACAGCUGUCGGGGCUCAAAAACAGAUCUUUCAGAACGUGAUGCUGGUUUUCUGUGUGUGCUCCACCCCUGUGGACUUCAGGAGUGUAGCAUCAUGAAGUGUGUAGUUUUAACGGUGCAUAACAAAGAUCACAGUUAUCAUUCCCAAACUGUGUGCGGGCAGUGGUCGUUCAUAACUGUUGCGACUUACUUGCUGCAGACACUUCAAUUACAGUCAUGUAGAAGAUGCUCUGGUCUAUCAUGGUGACAGUGCUGCACCUUUAGCUACGUGCCAGCAUUAUGAGCAUCUUUUGAACAUGCAUUCCAUGUACAGGAUGUAUUUGUAUGACAAACAAAUGGUUCUAACAUGCUAAUGAAAGCACAAGGAAAAUCUAUAAUGUCCCAGUUUUACUUUUUUAGUUGAUCUUUUUGGUGAUUAUAUUGGUCUUAUGUAAUGCUGAGACUACAGAAAACAGCUGUUUUUAAUUGUAAUGUUUCUAUUUUAUUUUUAUUUUUUCAUAUUGCGUAUUUGCACCACAAAAUGUUGGUUUUAUUUACUUAUUUAUUUAUUUAUAAAUGUUUUUGUUAAAAUGCAUGUUUAUUUAUAUUUCUGUUUAAUUAUUUAAAUAUUGAUGUGUUUAUUGAAGAUAUCCGCUACCUUUUUUAUCUAUUUAUUUUUAAGUGACCUUUAUGCAUAAACAUGAAACCUAAACAAGUGCCACACUUUUGCACUAGAUUGAUUGAAUGAUGAUAAAGAAAUAAAAACUUUAGAAUAUAAACAUGUCCAUGCAUUUUCACUUUCAUGGAAAUGUAAAAAUGUGUUUGAACUAGACUACCAAAAUUUGUUGUAAAGUCUUUAGAUCAACAAUCUUGAAAACAUGAUUUAUGUACUGAGGUCAUUGCUAUUACACCUAUAGUUAUCCAUCAUAAUAUUCAGUUUAUGUUAAAGUUUACCAAUGUUACAUCAUUCUUCCAUUAAAUAUCACAACUUGCCUAUACGCAUUAACUCAUGACAGUCUAUAAGGAAAUCUGUUUUCCACACAUAGCACUCUAUGCUCUGUGAAACUUACUUAAGGAUAUUCGGAAAUUAUGUUUGCAUGCCAUAAACAAUUUGUAGCAGCCUCUGAAAGAUUAAUGAUAGCAGUACAGAUGAAAAUAACCUUUUUUGUAAGAUAAAUUGACAGUCCAGUAUUUUUGUAUGAAUAUGAUCAACACCUUUUCCAAAAAUGAAGCUCUGAUAUGUAGAGAAACACAUUCUGGGCUGUUUGAGGACCUUCAGCCAAACUUUAUCUUUUGCUGGUGUGGCUUAUUUUUUAAACGUGAAAAGCUUUAAAUUUUUGUUGUUGUUGAUGCUGAUUUAUUUGUUGCCCUUCUGUUUUAACAAUCCCCCGAAACAGGUAUAUGUCAGUGCAUCAGUGCUUCUACUAGCUUAAGUUAAUGCUGUACAUCAGGUGUAGAGACAGUGACUACCAACCAAACAGCAAUAUCAUUAGGAUCUUUCCUUGCUAGAAAAGAAAUUAUACUUUUAUGCCCUGUGUUGGCUUGUAUACCAACAAUUUAUAAAUA